AAUGCCUCCAACUGAAACCUCCAAUAUCACAAGGUGAAAUCACUAACCUGACAGACUCACUGGAGCCAGGACCAGGGGCAUUUGUUACAAGUGAGAACAUAAAGUGGUUACGUUAAUUAGCCCAUUAUCCAUUUCUGGUUUUUCUUUUGAUGUGGAUCACACUUGCAUAUCCAUCAAGCUAUAAAAACAGAGGCUCAGCAGGCCAUAGGCUUUCUGUACACACAACUCCAACGGCUCCAUCCAGAGCAGGAUUCCCUUCAGCAUGGUUCAACAGGGAUUCUCUAUUGACCUCAUUCUAGCAAGGAGCAGAGAGGAGGCAGCAGAUGGAAAGGACUCCAUGAGCUCCAGACCCCACAUUCCCUGUGCUCCACAGCCGCUGCCUCCAACUAAGUAUGCCAAGGAGAUGCCAAGGAGAAAAGAUUUGCAAGAACAUGGAGAUAUUACCAGUUUCCAGUGCUCUUCAGGGGAACAAGGGAUCAACAGACAGUUUCCUAAGCCUUCCUCAGCAGUGUUGCAUAGAAGUUCGGGGAGCUCAGAUGAAUUUUCUCCCCCAGAUUCAGAAGAUGACAGUACUGAGAGCUCAGGCAGAAGUUCCCAGGAAAAUGACACUGAACAAAUGGAGAAGAGCCCCAAAUCUGAUCUCCAGCGCCGCUUGAGAACAGCAUUCACCCCCCAACAAAUAACCAAACUGGAACAGGCAUUCAACAAGCAGAGAUACCUGGGGGCAUCUGAACGGAAGAAACUGGCGACAUCUCUCCAGCUCUCUGAAAUACAGGUUAAAACCUGGUUCCAGAAUCGAAGGAUGAAACUGAAGAGGCAGAUACAAGACCAGCAGCACAACCUGGUCCCUCCUCCCGUCUGUUACCCCCAGACAUUCCCUUAUUACCCUGGAGUCCUACCUGUCCCAUUAAACAGCAGAAGCUUUUAUCAGCCCCCGGCACAUCCAUUCCAGGCCCCUCAUCAUUCAUACAUUCCUCAGCCGCUCCACCACCACAUUAGGAUGAGUGCCCACCAAGAUCAAUAUCCCCCAUUUUUUGGGGCUCGGUUUAUGUAACUCUUGGAUAUGGAUCCGAAUUGAGUUUUUACUAUAUUCUAUAAACGUGUAAAUAGUUGAGAAAUAUUUAAUAUAUUAUUCCUCUUGUAAAUAUUUCAGUUGUACAGUAAAUUAAAAUUGUUUAAAACAA